AUGAGUUUGAGAGCCAAAACGAAAAAUCCAGCAAGUAUUUUUAGUCAUGAAACACUUCUUCACAUUUUUGAAAGCCUAUCGUCUCGCGAUAUCGUUGCAUUAGAAAGAGUAUCCAAAAAUUGGAAAUCAAUCGCUCAAACCUCAUCUGUAUGGCAUAAUCUUUUUCUUUCAGAAUUUGGAAAAAGUCGUAUUCGACGCAGAGCUCGUGUUAAGAAAACCCGUAAAAACUGGAAGAAUGAAUUCAAGAGUGAGAGCAAUUGGGAUUCUGGAAACUGUAGGAAAGAGGUUUUUUCUCUUUUUAAGAAUCGAAACAGCGUUCAGACAGAUAAAUCGAAGUUGGAUAUUACCCUGCUCCAUAAAGGGCGCGUGUACACAUGUAGUACAACGAUGUUAUAUGAAUGGUCUUUCCAUGAAAACAAAAUGACAUGUUUGAAUGCCUUACCGUUCCCUGAGAAAUACAAACUUGAUUCUCCUACUGCUAUGUGUGUUGAUGGUAAAAACUUCUAUAUAGCGUUGGAGUCUGGAGCCGUACUUCAAGCAACGCUUACUCAAAAUGGGUUCAGUAACUUAAACAGUAUUUUAGAAAUUGAUACCCCAUUUAUAUCUCUUUCUAUACGACACAAUUUGCUCUGUGGAUUGACGAAAGAUGAGUCGUUUUAUAUGUUUAGGAACAAAAACUUGUCUACAGCUACUUUUCAGUUGCUUGGAAAGUUUUCUGUUUCUGGCGUGAAGGUUCCCAUUUCAAUCCACAUAGAAACUGAUUUUUCUAAUUCACAUAAAGUACUCAUUGUACAACUGACCUAUAGCGAAUAUAUGAUUGCCCAUGGGUGGACCAUUGGAUCACAGGAGUUUUGGAUUACGGACUCAAGGAUUGUAAAAAACCGAGUCGGGCAACGUCAAGCUUCUGAUAUUGCUUUUUCUUCACAACCCGCCUCAGGCGUUUAUCAACAAGGUCCUUAUGUCUUGAGUUCUCAUGCAGAUAAUACAUUAAUGCUACACUAUAUCUCUUCAGGCCUCGAUUCUACUUGCAUUCAAUGGGGUGUCCAGCUUCAAGGACAUGUUUGUGGCGUGGAAAAGUCUAAACUGUUUGACUGUGGAAAAAUUGUAUCUGUUUCCAGAAAUUGUACUGAGAUUUGUUUAUGGGACCUUCAAAACUAUAGAGAAGCAAAAGAAUUUCAGCCAUUUAUGAUUGAGUCAAAACGGAUUUUUAGUCAGUAUAUCCGAGAUUAUGAACAAAACAAGACUCAAGUGCAGGACAUUGAGUUAUUUGACGAUACAGUAAUGAUUACACUUUCAGAUGGAAAUGUUAUGGCAUUCCUUUUUUAUGCUUAA